AUGCCAGAGAGUUAUUAUCGCUCGCCAGCUAUUCAGGGUUCAUCCAGUGGGUAUUCAGGUCCUCCGGAUUCUUCCGGUCCUUAUUUUAGUGCUAUGCCGGAGACAUUACUCCAGUAUACUCCAUCAUUAACAUCCAGUGUGGAUCAACCCCACCUAUCUUUUCCUUAUAAAGGAAAAGACAAUAUCCAGUCCUUAGCCUCAAAAGCUGCUGAACAUGGUCCUGUUGUUCUGUUACCUUCUUCUAGUCUACCUAAGCCUGUGGCUCAUAAUGUUCCCAAAGCUGCACCAGCUGUGCAAAAAAAGGUGGAGAGUUUAGAACUUUUGAAGGAAGAAUUGCGCAAGAAGCAGGAGCUGCAUUGUAUACUAUAUUUGUUUCAUUCAUUAAAUCAGAUCCACCAGAUUUUUAGGGCACUUCAAGAGUCAUUUGCCAGUGAGUUUGCUGCUAGGAUGAAUGCAAUGAGUAAUGCCACGGAUAAUGCAGUUGACUUAAAGAGGAACCUUUCGAUUGCUUAUAACCGGGAAAGGCAUGCGAGGAUCACUGGCGAGAUACUGGAGAUUGUUGCUAGAGCAGAUGCACUUUACAUAGUUGCACUGAAUCUGGUAUCUGAAUUCCUCAUUGUUUCAUAA